AUGUCGGGCGGAGAGAUGAAGAAACGAAAGAAGGUGGUUAGCGGGGGGAGUUCUGGCAAUGCAAAACUCUUUGUGGAUAAAGAUGCUAAGAAGAGGUAUGAUACAUUCAUUGUUAAACGUCCUCUGUUAAUUGAGUGUGAUGUUUACCUUGAUGAGUUACAUAAUGAUAGUUUUAUGUGCUCCAUGAAUGCAAUGGGUAUGGGUACACUUAAUAAAAGUGUAGGCGCUAUCUUGGAUGUGAAACGGGUCAAGCAUGUGGAGCAGCCAUCAGCGGUGCUUCAG